CAGUUAUUGCGGACAUUCACCGGCAAUCCAUUGACGUCUAAUACAACUCGCUCAAAAUCUUUUGGUCUGCACUUGGUCACCAUGUCAAAACGAGGCGCCUCUCCACCCCCAUAUGCAGAAGGUACCCUCAUCAAAAGAGCGCGUUCGAACUCCCCUGCUCGAAACCAAAUUGCCAUCUCGUCCGGCAACGAUGAGCGACACAAAGGUCUCAUACGAAGCGUUAAGCGCACAAGCAACCUAGAGGCACCCAUCAUUAGCUUGAGUGGGUCUCAUUCGGCGGAAAUUCUGAGCUGUAGAUUUGACCCUACUGGGCAAAACAUUGCUGCUUGCUCAGCGGACCGAAGUGUCUCUUUGUGGAGAACUUAUCCACCAAAUACCAACUACGGCCUCCUCUCUAGCCACCAUAAAGCACCCAUCCUUGACCUUCAAUGGUCCCUCUUCUCACCGCUCCUCUAUACUGUAUCUGCAGACCAAAUGCUAUCAUUUGCAGAUGUCACUACCGGCCAGCGGACACGAAAAAUCCGUGCUCACCGCGGGAUUAUCAACGCGCUGGACCGGACUAUGGCAGGCGGAGCUGGUAUCGAGCUCAUUGCCACCGCCUCAGACGAUGGAACAGUACGCGUGUGGGAGGGUGGAGAAGAUGGUUCAAAGAAUAGUGUUGCAGUAUUUGAACUUGGAUGCCCAGCGACGAGUGUCGCGUGGAGCGCGGAUGGGCAGAACCUCUAUAUUGGCGCGCUAGACAACGAGAUUCAUGUUUAUGACCUGCGCAAGGGCGAGCAGGUUUAUGCGCUGACUGGCCACACGGACACGCCGACAUCGCUUGCAUUAUCACCUAACGGCGCCUACCUCCUCUCGCCUUCGUUCUCAUCGCAUACUAUCAUUCACGAUGUACGCCCAUUUUCGCCCUCGCCAUCGAGGAUACACCGUGUGUUGCAAGGUGCUCCGGCUGGUUUUGAGAACACGCUUUUAAAGGGUGCAUGGAGCAAGGACGAUGGGGGACAACGGGUCGCAGUUGGUGGUGCGGAUCGGAUGGUAUGUGUUUGGGACGUUGACACUGGGCGUGUAUUGUACAAGCUUCCGGGGCACAGGGGGACUGUCACUUGUGUAGACUUCCACCCGAAAGAGCCUAUCAUUCUUACUGGCAGCAAGGACGGCACUAUGUUAUUGGGCGAGUUGGACCCUGGUGUGUAAAAUAUGCGAUGCGUCGAAUAACACGGAGUGCCGCUGUCACCCAUGGUUUGAUGGUUUCAAUUCAGACACAGCAGAGGUGUAUUGUCAAUAUUCUUAUCUUGCUGCAAUGAUAUAAUAUUAGUCGUUGGCUGCCAAAGUGAGUUCGUGCGUUGGUAAUGACAAUCUAAAAGUA